AUGGAUGGCGAAGAUGAUGAAGAGGGAGGAGCUCCUAGUGAUGACAAUGAAGGCAGUGGCAGUGAAGAUAGUAAUAUUGAUGACAGUAAAGAUAUUGAUAGUGACUAUAAUGAAGACUGUGAUGGUGGAGACAAUAGUAGUGAUGAUAGUGAUAGUGAAGGAAGUGACAAUGAAGAUUAUGGUAGUCGAGACAACAGCAAUGAUAGGGGUGAACCUCCUAGUGAUAGAGAAGAUGAAGAUGUGGGAGCUUUCUAUGAAGACAAUUCUUAUGACGAGGUGGACUAUUAUGAUGAAGACAUAGAAGAUUAUGAGGAAGCUAUAGGGGGAGAUUAUGAUGAAUACCCUUAUGGGCCACCUUCGAAUUGGAGUUGCAUUAUGGGUUUCAGUCCAUAA